UUAGGUUUAUUUAUUGUGGAAAUAUUGAAUUAAAGAAUUUACAAGGUCCUGAUGUAUUGAAAUUGUUAAUUGCAGUUGAUGAACUCAAUAUUCAUUCUUUGGUUUCUCAUAUUCAAGAAUUUUUGAUUGAACAUCAAACUGAAUUUUUAUAUCAAAAUCCAACUGAAAUUCUUGAAACUGUUUAUCAACAUGAAACAUUUACAGAUUUAUGGAAUUUCUGCCUUGAAAAAAUUUGUGAUGAACCUAAAGUUUUAUUCAAUUCUGAUAAAUUUAUUGAUUUAAAAGCUCCUUUAUUAGAAUUAUUGUUAAAAAGAGAUGAUUUAAAUAUGGAUGAAAUUGAAAUUUAGGAAAAUUUGUUAAAAUGGUGUUUUUCUCAACAAAAUAUGAAGAAUGAACCAUUUAAAUGGAAUAAAGAAGAUAUUACAAAGAUUGAGAGGGCAUUGUACAGAUUUAUUCCUGUAAUUCGAUUUUAUGAUAUUGAACCUACAGACUUCUUUUAUAAAGUUUAUUGUUAUAAAGAUAUCUUACCAUACGAUUUAAUACAUGAUCUCUUGGAAUUUCAUAUAGUUCCUAAUAUUAAGCCUAAAUCUAAUUUAACACCUUCAAGAAAACCAAAUUUUAAAUAUCAACUUGAUUCAACCUUGAUUGGAUCGAACUAUAUUCCUAUUUUUGCUUCAUGGGUUGAUAAAAUGGAUUCUUCAUACUAUAAUAGAAAAAAUAUUCCUUAUGACUUUAAAUUAUUGAACCGCUCAAGUCAAGAUGGAAAUAAUAUUUCAUCUUUUCAUAAAAAUUGUGUUAAUAAAGGAGCCACUAUUUGGAUUGGAAAAAUUAAAAAUUCUGCACAAUUAAUUGGUGGAUAUAAUCCACUUGAUUGGGAUCAAAGUUUCUCUUGGAAAACUACAGCAGAUAGUUUUUUAUUUAAUUUUACAAAUGGAAAAGAUUUUUCCACUGCAAAAAGAAGUUAUGUUAGUAUGCAGAAUAUGGCUGUUUAUUGUAGUCCCAAUCAUGGAACAACUAUGGGUAAUUUACAACAUUAUAAAAAUAGUUGGUCUUAUAAUAAUUCUGAUAAUGGAAAUCGUUAUCCUAAAAUAGGGAUCCCAGAAAAUUUUGAAGUAGAAGAUUAUGAAGUAUUUCAAGUAAUUAAAAAAUGAAAAUAAAAGUUUAUAAAUAUUUGUUUCAUCUUCUAAUACCAUUUUAUAUUCAUUAAAA